CUGUGAAAAAGGUCUAUAUUGCUAUAAAGCCUCAUUUCAUCCAUUCAUUUUCAUUUCCUAACAUGAAGGUCUAGAUAUUGUUUAAUUGCCUUGAUUAUAUGACCAUUAUAUGUUUUGCUCGUUUUGACCACCCGUGAUUAAGCCCCCUUCUCUUCCUUGGCUUCAUCAAAUGUCCAAAGGUGUAAAACAGUGUGAAUGUGUUAUCCCUGUGAUAGGCCUUCAUUUACACCUGACACAGACAAAACAUGUUACAAUCAAGAUCAGAAGUCGGUCAAGAAGGAUAAAUUCUGUAGAUUAUUGCUCCUGGACGCUAACCUUAUCUGAAGGGGUUAGAUAGAAACACACCUAGUACAUGAAUAACUCAGAAGUUAAUUUUUAAUCCUUUUUUUUACAGAUGUAUUGUCUAAAGCACUAUAUAAACCCUUUGUCUGUUACUGUCUCUCAGAAGUGUCACUGGUGUCACUAAUUAUUACUAAUUUUUAUCUCUGACUUUUCAAUACGUUGGAUGUCCAACACACUAUCUGGAUCAUGGCUGGAUUUUUUACAUGGCUGUGGCGGUAUAGGAACUACAUUGUGAUAGUCCUGACACCUAUUUUAGUGUUGCCUCUGCCACUGAUCAUCCCAACACCGCAAGCAAAAUGUGGCUUUGUAAUUAUCCUCAUGGCUUUGUACUGGUGUACAGAGUGUAUCCCUCUGGCUGUGACCGCCCUGCUGCCUGUCAUUCUCUUCCCCAUGAUGGGCAUCAUGGAAUCAGGAGAGGUUUGUAUCCAGUACCUUAAAGACUCAAACAUGCUCUUUAUUGGUGGGCUGCUGGUGGCCAUCGCUGUCGAACAAUGGAACCUGCACAGGAGGAUUGCCCUACAAGUUCUGCUUAUUGUGGGGGUCAAGCCAUCGCUUUUGAUGAUCGGUUUCAUGGGCACCACGGCCUUUCUGUCCAUGUGGAUCAGUAACACAGCCUCCACAGCCAUGAUGCUGCCCAUCGCCAAUGCUGUGCUGCAGCAGCUGUGUGACACAGAGGCCAAUGCUGAUGAGAGGCACUACAGCUUGACAGUCGCAAAGGAUGGUCAAGAUAAUCAGGCAUAUGAGAUGAAUGACACCAAAGAAAGCCACGGCAAUGAGCUUAAACAUAAGGACAGCAGAAUUAACAUGGAUGCGGAUAAAGACAAUGACAGCAAAGACAUAAAGAGAAUGAAUGAAAAUGAUGUUACUUCAAGUGUCCCUGCAGAGGUUUGUGAAAGUACGUUGGAGGCUGAGCUGCGCAGACUGAAGCGGGAACAGAAUUAUGCCAAACUGACUAAAGGCAUGAGCCUAAGUGUAUGUUACGCUGCCAGCAUUGGCGGGACUGCCACUCUCACUGGAACCACACCCAAUGUUAUCCUAAAGGGCCAGAUUGAUGAACUCUUCCCACAUAAUGGAGGCAUUAUCAACUUUGCGAGCUGGUUUGGCUUUUCAUUCCCUAACAUGCUGCUCAUGCUCGUCUUGUCCUGGUUGUGGCUGCAGUUUAUGUUUUUGGGCUUUGACUUGAGGAAGUCCUUUGGGUGUGGCACAAAGAACAAUGGUGACAGGGAGGCAUACCAAGUGAUCAAGGAUGAGUACAAAAAGUUGGGCAGGAUGAGCUUUGCUGAAGGCUGCGUGCUGGUUAUCUUCACGUUGCUGGUUCUUCUGUGGUUUACCAGGGAGCCUGGGUUCAUACCCGGCUGGGCCACUGUGCUCUUCAACAAAGACAAAACGUACGUCACAGAUGGCACCGUGGCCAUAUUAAUGUCAACACUCUUCUUCUGCAUCCCGUCCAAUUUGCCCAGAUGCAGAACGUCCAGUGAUGGGACCCCUGCUGAAGCUCCUUCACCUCUGCUUAGUUGGGAUAUUGUCCAUGAAAAGAUGCCUUGGAACAUCCUUUUGCUUCUGGGAGGAGGUUUUGCAUUGGCCCACGGAAGUGAGAAAUCUGGACUUUCUUUGUGGCUGGGAGAAAGUCUCGUACCGCUGCAGAGCAUCCCUCCUUUUGCCAUCUCCAUCCUGUUGUGUCUGCUGGUGGCCAUGUUCACCGAAUGUUCCAGCAACACUGCUACCACCACUCUGUUUCUGCCAAUAUUGGCCUCUAUGGCCACUGCCAUCAAGAUACAUCCACUAUACGUCAUGCUCCCAUGCACCAUCUCUGCCUCGCUGGCUUUCAUGCUGCCUGUAGCCACUCCACCCAACGCCAUCGCCUUCUCCUAUGGCAACCUCAAAGUCAUGGACAUGGCCAAAGCUGGAUUCAUUCUAAAUUUCGUUGGAGUCAUGACCAUCAACAUAGCCAUUAACACAUGGGGAGUGCCUAUGUUCCAGCUGAAUACCUUUCCCAGUUGGGCCAAUGCCACCAAAACUCCUUGAAUAUGAACUCAGGAAAAUUGAGAAAUUUAGGGAAAUAUAACCAACAUCUUCCUAUAUAUCUGAAUCCCACCACUGAUGGACUGGGCUGGAAGGUUACUGUUUUUUUUAUAAAGGCUUCCCAAAUUCUUUAGCUCGUACAGCCUGAUGUGCAGCGAGGUCCAUCCUCGAGUGCUGACACAGGUUCUUUUAUGCAGCUUUCAAUAUUAUAUCAUUGUGAUGGUCUCCAGAAAUCAUCUGGGAAUGUUGAGUGGAAACACUGGAGCACCUUUUGUUGAUGUUUUGAGUUCAGUUCAUUUUAGAUAAAUUAUCUUCUGGACAGUCAGCCAAGCAGAUCAAAACUUUUACAGUCAUUUACCUCAACAAUCAAUCAACAGUUUUCACCUAAAAGACAUGUAUUUAAAAACAAAAGUUUAUAUUGUGGCAAAAAAUAUAAAGAUGCAAAGAUUGCACUAUCCUAAUGUAAUAAAUAAAAGUUUAAACAACA